AUGGACGACGGCGUUAUCAUUGACAAACAACCAGGAGUAAGUGUACUAUACAUCAUUUUAAAAAAAAAGUUUUGUUAAGAAGAGUCGCACUUAAACCAACUAUAAUAAAAACUUUUGUAUGAAGAGAAUUGGUCUAAGAAAGAUGCUACUAUUAUAAUAAAGUUCAAACUGAGAUAAGUUAUACUAACAAGGAAAGUGCCCAACCUGCCCCGCUCUGAUUGACUUCAAACUUUUUAUAUAGAAAGAUCAUGUAAAUAUAAGGCCUUUAAAAAUGUAAUAUAUCGCGCUUUCCAGGAAACCUCAAGAAGAUCGAGAUCAAAAAAAUUACGUUUUGAAUUUCCCGCCAAAUUGGCAUUGUGUUUCAAGCAUGUAACUUCGUUAUUUUAUGACUUUUAGGAGUUUUUCUUUGAUAUACUAGUAGAAAACCUUUAACUGAACCUAUAUUUUUAAAUUUGUAAGCGUAGUUUGUCUGGAAAGUCGAAAAAAGUGCUUGAAACACAAUGCCAAAGUUGCCAAAUUGGCGGGAAACGCAAAUAAUUUAAAUUUAAAACUGAAAAGCGCGAGCUAAAAUUUUUUAUGGGUACUAUUGGUGGUACAAAGAAUUCGAGUAAAAAUUUUGAGCUGGUUCUGAGCGGGGCAGGUAGGGUACUUUCCUUGUAAGAAAGAUCAUAUUAAUUUAGGUUACAAAAAGAAAGGUCAUAUUACAAAAAGUUAUACUAUAGAAAAUAUUACAAGAAAUUUAUUAUUAAAGGCAAUGAAUCAGAACUACGUGAACCCGCCUCCGCCACCGCCAGACGAUCAAAAUUGUUGUGCGAGCUGCUUCAAGGACAGUUGCGAGUGUUGUGGAAUUGGAAUCUGUGCCACAAUUAUCGGAUGUUGCGCUUGUAAGUGCUAACUAUACAUUUUUAACUUACGGUUUUAAAUAAAGAAGCGAGGGUGGGUGAAAACCAAAAAAAAAAUUUUAUCAUUUUUUCAAAUUUGCUCUGAAGGAGAGUAGGGUAUAUCUACCAUCAUUCACUCCCCUCCUUCUCACCGCUAGCCACGUCCUAUUCACUAUCAACUUAGGAAUUACACAGGGACGUCGUUUGGGGGCAGGGGGGCGGGCCGCCCCCCAGAGCCGAUCCGAAAAAAAAUUCACAGGUAGGUACCUGUACGCGGAAAAACGAAAAAAAAAUGUUGAAAGAUCGGUCCACAGGACUACCUGUGGACCGAAAAAAAAUUUUUCGACCUCCCCCCCCCUAGAGAAAAACCGUAGCGACGUCCCUGGAAUUACAUAUUAUACUAAUAAGAUAACUUUAGGUGAAGAGAUAUGCGAGAGAUGCUGUUGUUGUUGCUGA